CGCUGAGCUCCGGGAAAGGAGGAGAAGAGCCUUUGGGGGUUGGAGGGGGAGGCGUGUGCGCGGCCGUGCCAGCUGGGCAACCGGUGCUAAGAAGCAGCUUUGGGGGAGGAGGAGGAGGGGAGAAGACAGGGAGAAUGCGGAGUCUCCUUUCAGGGACGCCGAAGCGGCGGGAAAGCAGCACCGCCGCCGCCGCCGCCACCACCAGAGUCUAAGCUUUCGGCGGCUCCAGACAGGUGAGGCGGGGAGCGGGCAGGCGGCCGCCAGGGAGCUGAGACCCAGGCGGUUUCUUUCGGUCCCUGCAGGGAGUAGGCGUAGUUUUGCAUUCCUGCCUUCGCCGGACUUCGACCUGCAGCUUACAGUCGUCUUAAAGAGAAAUGGACGGUCAGACCUGCACGGCCCCGAGCGACGUGGCUCUCUCCAGGCGGAAAGCCAAGUCAAAAGCUCCCCUUCCUCCACCUGAAACUAAAGUUACUGAUUGCUCACCUUUUGAUGAUCUAGAAUUGUCUAACUGCACGAUGGACCAAAAAGAAAAUGCGAUUGAUAGAGACAUUCAGCUGUCUGUGAUUCUUCCUGGAGAGGUGAUCAAGACUACUAAUAUUAACGGCAGCAAACCAAUGAUGGACUUAUUGGUAUACCUUUGUGCACAAUACCAUUUAAAUCCUGCAAGCCACAUUAUUGAUCUGAUGUCAGCUGAGAAGAAACCAAUCAAAUUCAAACCUAACACACCUAUUGGAAUGCUUGAAGUUGACCAAGUGAUUUUAAAGCCAAAAGAAAUGGAUAAGAAAAAGCCAAUUCCUAUCAUCCCAGAGCAAACUGUGAGAGUUGUGGUGAAUUAUAAGAAGACACAGAAGACAGUUGUCCGAGUUAGUCCUCAUACACCGCUUCAAGAAAUUGUGCAUAUUAUCAGCAGCAAAUGUGAUUUUGAUCCUUUACACACUAUUUUGCUAAAGACCUAUCAAUCUCAAGAGAUUCUUGACCUGACAAAAUCCCUUAAUGACCUUGGACUCAGAGAGUUAUAUGCAAUGGAUGUCAGCAGAGCCACGCCAACUACUGAAUACAGCUUGUCUUCAUUACAAGACUCUUUUCAGAAUGCACAAAAUUCAGAUAACUUGAAAGAGAAAGAAACUAAAGGAUUCUUUGGCAUUUUUCAACGGAGCAAAAAGAAACGGCAACAGGUAACAAACACGGCCAGUGCUCCUGCAACACCACUCAUGAACAAGCCAAGGCCGGCCUUUGCUGUGAGAUCCAGUUCAAUUUCAAAACAGUACGAGUCAAACACUCUGCCCUCUGAAAUGCCCAAAAAGCGCCGAGCACCUUUGCCUCCCAUGCCUGCUUCACAAAGUGUGCCCCAGGAUCUUGCUCAAAGCCAGAACAAACCUAAGAUCUGUAUGCUGAAAUCCAGUAGUGUGGAUGAAACUGAUAAGGGGCUGUCAGGAGAGGGAAUAGAGAGAUCGGGUUCUCUUCAUCUCAGUGGCACGUCUUCAGUUAAUUCUUCUUUAAAGCGGGCAAAGCGCAAAGCACCUUCUCCACCUUCUAGAAAACUGCAAGGCCAAAGUGACCCUAGCAUUGACACAGGAUCCGAAUCUGCAGAAUCAAUUCAUACCGAAAGCAUUGACAAAGGAAAAUACUCAAAAGCGCAAUCUCCAACAGGCAAUGUAGUUGAUCUAACCAGGACCCCAAUGGCAGCAGGUACUUCCAGCAGCUUUGAUCCAACCAGUCAUGAUCAAAACAAUAUCCAACAAGUCGCGGAUGAAAGUAGAGUUUUGGUUAACACUGAUACUCCAGAUGAAUCUGAAGUGUCGCUCAAAUCUGACAUGGGUUCUGAAUAUAGCCUAAAGGAGAUAGAUGAGAAGGAAGAAAUAUACAGUGAUUCUCUCAGUGCUUCUGAGGUUCCACUAGAUGUUCAGAAACAUGAAACUGCUUCUGAUUCAAGUUUUAGUAUUGGAGACAAUGCACAGGAAUCUAAUGAAGAAAAAACAGAAAACACGACUGCAGGAGAUAACGCCCAAGAUAGUGAAAUACUGAGAGAAAGAGUUAGCAUUCCCAAUGGUACCACACUUGGAACAUUGCGGCCAAACACAAAUAAUGGUCAUAAAGAGCCAACAUGUCCUCUGCCUUCUGACAAACUCAGUAAGGAAGAAAUAGGAAAAAGUAACAAGCCUGAGACACUGGAUGAUACCUCUCUAAAUGGGGUGAAUGAUCAAAAAUGUCAUCAGAUCAAUGUAGAUCUAAUAAAGACUCAGGAUGUUGCAAUUCAGACCCUAUCUGAAGAUAAUUUUGGUCAGACUGCAUUAAGUGAAAACAGCAAUCAUCAGGGUCGCGCACUGAGCCCUCACAAAAAUCCAACUCAUGUACACAAGCCAGUACAGAAAAAACAUUCCUCAGGAGCCAUGAAUGUGAUGAAUAAGACCAUAGGACAAGCCGACCAAAACAGUGUGAAUCCUAAUGGCACCCAUGAUAAUGCAUUUGUAAAUGAUAACCAAGUUCUCCCGGAAACAAUUGUCAGAAGCCCAGUUAGUUCUCCUACAAGACCGUACCCAGUUUACAGACAAGAUUCAAAGCCUAAACCUAAGCCUUCCAAUGAAAUUACCAGAGACUACAUUCCCAAAGUUGGAAUGACUACUUACAAAAUAGUACCUCCCAAGAGUUUGGAAACAGCAAAGAAUUGGGAAUUGGAUCAUGUGGAAUACCAAGAAGUAGUGGUAUCUCCCAAGAAUGAAAACUCCCAAGAAUUUGGUACACAAACAGUGGCUGCUAAUACCUCAAAAACAGAACCUGAUUUUAAGAAUGAAGUUACAUUACCUGAGGUAGGGAGGGAUCUCCCGCCUAAAACAUACCCGGCUGCUGAUCAUAGCCCAGUUUCCUUCUCCAAUGCCAAAGGCCAGAAAAUGGAGAUAGAACAUCCCAAGACUAAUCAAGACCACCCGAUUCUUCCCUUAAUUCUAAAUUCAGGAAGCAAAAGUUCUCCACCUGCAGUGCAAGAAAAACCAAAAAUUUUGAGUCCCCCGAUAAGGCCAAGCAAUUUUUAUAUGCAGAUACAGAGGAGAACCACAGAUCAUUAUGUAACUUCUGCAAUUGCCAGAGGUGGCUCUCUAAGCAGCCCUAUUCAGAAUGAAGCUAAGACUGCAGAGACGGAGAAAAAGGUGGCAUCUCCAGAUCAACAUUGCGCUCCACUACCUAAGUCAAUUACUGUUCCUUCUCAGUUACCUGAGGAAACUACUGAAAACGGAUGUAAUGAAGAAAGGAAAGUCGCUACUUCUCAUGUAAAAGUAUCUCAACCGUUGAAUUCUCCUUCAACCCAGCUUUCUCCAUUACAUUUGAAAACUUUGCGGACUUUUGUUUUGCCUCAGCCAUACUCUGCUCCUAAACCUUCACCUUUUGCUCUUGCUGUAUCAUCAGCAGUUAAAAGAUCACAGUCCUUCAGUAAAACAUGCGCCAAUACAACCAGGCCAUUAAAAGAACAAUCUUCUCUUGACCUUAGCACAUCAGCAUCCAGCACCGAAGUAAAGGAUCAUUCAUCUAUACCGAGUCCAACAACUCAGCAAAUCCUGACAGACAAGAAGACUAACGAUGCAAGCUAUGAGCAAAACAGGCAGGCACCCCCUUUAUUCAACCAUCCAGCCACCGCUAUCUGUGAGAGAAGUAUUGCUGCAGCAGUCCAGCGCCCUGACCCAGAACAGAUCCACCAGAGCUUGCUGGCUGCAAUCCGCUCUGGAGAGGCUGCUGCCAAAUUGAGGCGGGUUGCACCUCCAUCAAACACUAUUGCCAUCAAUGGAAGAUCCAGUCUCAGUUCUCCAGUGUCCAUCGAAACAAGUUACAGUAGUCAUUAAGAUUUUGUACAAAAUAUUUUGCACUUUAAUCACAAUUGCAUAGAUCUACUGCAUAAAACCUACUUCACAGUUACCUGCAUAAUUAUUGAAGACUAUGUAUAAAUGCAGGAUUGUGUGGGUAUACAUUGUCAAGAGUAAAGCACAGAAAUUUAAUGGAUGCCUCAAAAGAAUUCUUAAAAUAUAUAAUUUAUGGCUUUUUUUGCCUUUUCUCUUUAAAACUAAAAAUGCUGCUUCAGAACUGAUUCCAUGGCGCAGAACAGUUGUAGAUUUUUGCUGCUGUAAUAAUCAGAUAUGUUGAUUACCACUUCAUCCAUAAUAAAUGAUGUGUAGCAACAUGCUGUAUAAUGCUAAGAUUCAUCUUAAUGUUUGUAACUGCUUAAUAAUUAUGUUCAGAAACAUUUGAAUUUAAAUGUAGUUCUUCUCACCUGUUGCCUUGAAUGUUAAAUUUAAAAUUAAUUACUGCACUUAGCUAAAUAUUACCUAGAAACUCUGAUGGGCAAGUUUUCUAGUAAAAAAAAAAACAAUGUAGAUGAUAUACAUCUGAAGUUAUAUACUUCUGAAUCAGUUUAAGUGCUUAUUGUUCUCCCUUAAAUCAGUAGAACCUAAAGGUGCUUUAUUUUGGCUGGGUCAUGCCUAUUUAGAUUGAUUGUUACCAUGUUUGUUUCUAGUAUCAAAAUGAAAAAUAAUGAAACAGAAAUCCCCUGGCACCUACUUUAUAACAUUAUAUGUGGAUUUCUUAAUUUAAAACAUGUUUAGUCUCAAAGCUAGAGUGCUUAUGUCUGCGAUGUGUGGCAACAAUACCAUCAGUGAGUUCAGAGGAAUUUCUUUUUUUUCCAAAAGCAGCUGUAAAUCCAUAUUCCAAACCUUGGAAAAUAGCAAUGAAUGCUUCUGGAGUGCACUCCUGUUGCUGGUGAUGGGUGUGUCCCCAAAGCUAAUAUGGCCAAUGAGGAUAGAUAGUAACAAUUGGACAGUAUAGGAACAUCUGGAAAAUAACAGGUAUCCCAUCUUGUUCUAAGGUGGUACCGAAGAGCAGGUCCAUGCAUACGUGAACUGCAUAUCUCAAAAUAGGUGUAUAAUUCACCAUUCCUAAUUCAGAGACCUGCAUGAAUUUGACUCGCCAGCACUAAGCUUCAGUAACUUCUGCCCACCUCUUUUUCUAAAUUUGGUAGCUAAGCAGAUAUUGGGAAAGGAUCUUUGGCAAAGACAGACUCAUGGGACAUAUAGUUGGAAAUAUAUUUGGAAUCUAUAUAAAUUGACAUGAAGCACUCACAAUCCAGCUCUGGGCUGGACUGAAGAUUCUGGAUAUUUGUUUGGCAGUGGAUAUAAACUUUCAAGUCAUUGAACUGGAUCAGGUAUAGCUUGAGGAGAUCUCAAGCAAAAUUCACAGUGGCCUAGAGCAGCCAUAAUGCAUUUGAAAAUAGAUAAGCUGUAAUUGAACGCAGACUUUUGUGCAGUUUUUCUUCAGUGUUCAUAAAAGCAAACUGUUUUAUGUCUGUUAAUUUUUAAAAUAUGUUUUUGACAUUCAGGAAAUUCUGCAUAUGGUUAUGGGGGGAAAUGAGGUUCACUUAAGGAAAUGGGUAUUGGUGACAAUUUCUCCAGUUCAAAUUUACUUUAGAAACAUUGUCAAUAAACUAGUUCUAUGAGUGUGUAUUUCUAACAUUGUAGAAUUUCUGUGUUGAAAAUCUGUUUGUGACCCUAGUUCUGAUCAAGCAAUAAAUUGUAGAUAUGCAUUGCAAA